AUGGCAGACCGAGGCAGAUGGAGUGGUAGAGGAGGUCGAGGAGGACCAGGGCGUGGAGGACCAGGCCGAGGUGGUCCAGGUCGGGGUGGUCCAGGUCGAGGUGGAUAUAGUCAACCAGCACCUGCAUCUGCGUCGACCUUCAAGCAAAAUGGCCAAGUGCAUCAGCCCAGCCAACACAUCGCGCAGCUCGAAGAACAGUCCAUGGCUGGCGACCUCCAAACCAGCCUGCAGAAAAUGAGUCUGACUGAGAAGACCUUGAUUCCAGCCCGACCAGGGUACGGCACGAAGGGUAGACCUGUGAAGUUGUGGACCAACUACUUCGAGCUUCUACCGACUGAAGAUGCUCCUUUCAAUCGUUACGCCAUUCACUUCAAGGAAGAGCCCAAACCAGGAGCUACUAAAGAUAAAAACGCCGAAGACCAAGGGCCGAAAGGCAGGAAGCUGGAAAGACUGGUCCAUCUUCUUUUGGAACAACUACCAAAAGUCCCACUUGCAACCGAUCACAGUUCGACCAUGCUCUCUACUCGACCUCUUGGCUUCACUUCGAAAGAAUUCCUCGUUGUGUACCAUUCCGAAGGUGGAUCUGGACCAGACAGUAAAUCACCAAAAUUCAGGGCUAAAGUUGAAUUCACAGGAACAUUGACGUUCGGCGCCUUGCUUGCAUACCUCCAAUCGACCGACAUGACAGUCGACAGGCCUGGAAUCAAGGACGAAAUCAUACAAGCCACGAACAUUGUGCUAGGUCAUUCCAUGAAAGCAAAGUCUGAUAUCCUGAUCAAAAAAACAAAGGGGUCUAGGAACAAAUAUUUCCCCACAGGUAAGAGCAGCAAUCUAGUCGAGCACUGGAUGUUAUCUAGCGGACUAGAAGCUUUCCGAGGCUUCUUUAUGAGUGUUCGAGCAGCUACUGGUCGUAUCUUGCUGAAUGUCCAGGUCCAACACAUUAUUGCUUGGGAAGCCCAGCCUCUCCUAGACUUGAUGAGGAAGUUCCGCAGUGAGAAAAUGAGGUGGGAAGAGGCAAAUCGCAUGAUUGCAGGUCUCUAUGUUCAUGUCUCACACUUGAAGAACCGCUUGAAGAACCGCUUGAAGCGUAUUGAAGGAUUGGCGACACCACUGGACGGAAGAGGAACCAAAGACCCUCCACAAGUACCGCAGUGGGGAGCCACAGCAACUGAGGUCAAGUUUUGUAAGGACAACCAAUACAUUUCGGUCGCAGACUACUUUCAGAAACAGCACAAGAUCGCGGUUCACGGACCAGUUGUUAAUGUUGGCAACAGGAAGAACCCCAUUUACAUGCCCUCAGAAGUCUGCACGAUCAAGUUGAACCAGGACUACAGAAACAAGUUGUCACCAGAUGCGACAGCUGAGAUGAUCAAGCAUGCCGUUCGACGAGCUCCUGUCAACGCACAGACCAUUGUCAGUAAUGGCAUCGGUCUCCUGAAACACAACAGCGAGGCAAUGCUAAACACGUUUGGUGUUAAGAUUGACCCAUCCAUGAUUGUUGUCAGCGCACGUGUACUGCCUGCAGUCAACCCAGAGUAUCGGGGAGGAAAUCACGCCAACCCAUCUGACGGUAGCUGGAAUAUGAGGAACGUCACAUUUGCUAGAGGAGCUAACCAGUCAGCAUUGCGUUGGUCCUAUGUCUGGAUCAAAGUCAACGGUUACGGCGGACGGUUUUCUAGGAUCUCAGAGGUCGCCACGUGUGUCAACAAAUUCCACUCAAUGCUCGGAAAAUGUGGCAUUGCGGUUCCGAAAGCGGUAGUAGGCACGGAGCUAGAUCUCCAAGAUGCUCAAGAUCCAGUGCCACAAAUCGGGGCCUUCUUCGCCGCUCAAGCCAAGCUUCUUCCUAAGACGAAGCUUCUCCUCGUGGUGUUGCCAAACACAAGCUCGGUGAUCUACAAUGCUGUAAAGCGAGCAGGCGACAUCGAGUCCGGCGUCCACACCGUAAAUGUCAUAGCCGAUGGUCGUAAAUUUGCGAAAGCGAUACAAGACGACAACCCACAGUACUUUGCCAAUGUCGCCCUCAAAUUCAAUCUCAAACUCGGUGGCCAGAACCAGGAGCUGAGACCUGCUGACCUUGGCUUCAUCAGUGAAGGUAAGACAAUGCUUGUUGGUCUCGACGUUACACAUCCUGCACCUGGUUCUACUUCCUCCGCACCCAGUGUUUCAUCGAUUGUGGCUUCGGUGGACAAUAGGCUAUCGCAGUGGCCAGCAGAUGUCAAGCUUCAGAAGGGGUAUACAGAAAUGAUCGAAGGUCUGCAGGAAAUGUUCAAAUCACGACUGAGCUUAUGGCAGAGUCGCAACUCUCAACUACCAGAAGAAAUUCUCAUCUAUCGUGAUGGAGUAGGCGAGUCAAUGUACAGCCUGGUCAUGACUAAAGAGUAUCCACUCAUUCGAGCAGCAUGUCAAGAAGUCUAUCCAGCACCAAAGACCAAAGCUGGAAUACCGUCCAUCACCAUUGUCAUCUGUGGCAAACGACAUCAUACUCGCUUUUAUCCAACUGACGAGGACAGCGCAGAUGCUCGCACAGGCAGCCCUCGACCUGGCACCGUUGUUGAUCGGGGCAUCACAGAGACACGUGUUUGGGAUUUCUACUUGCAGGCACAUAGUGCUCUUCAAGGUACGGCCAAACCUUGUCAUUAUGUUGUCGUCCACGAUGAAAUCUUCCGACGACGAGCUUUCAAGAAAGCAAGAGAUGGUCGUUCCCCAGGACAGCAUGCACAGGAUGAUCUGGAAGCAUUAACGCACGCCAUGUGCUAUAUGUUUGGACGUGCUACCAAAGCGGUUAGUCUUUGUCCGCCAGCUUACUAUGCCGAUCUUGUGUGUGACAGAGCGCGACGAUGGUUGAGUCGGGUCUUCGAUGACAAGGCAACGUCCGCUUCGGAAGGCGAGGCAAGGAGCGAGGAAGUUCAAGUACACAAAGACUUGAAGGAUACUAUGUUCUACAUCUGA